AAAGGACCACAUGGGAGAAACAAAUCUUUGAGAAGUUCCAGAACUUUUCUGGAAGUAUACGCCUCAAAAAAGCCUGUUAACAGUGGUUUCCUCGUGGGAGAGUACUGGAAGUAGAGGGCUGAAGUUUAGCUGGACCUCCUGAUCUAGCAGCUCCUGCCAUGUACCCCAACCCUCUCAUCUACUGUACCUGCUGGGACCCUUGGAACUUGGGACCACGGAAGCUAAUCAAGACCCCUCAGCCACCAAGAAAGACCUCCACAGGGAAGCCCAAGCUAACUCCUCUUCCUUCAGCUGCAAAAAAACAAAAUUGUGUCCAACCCACAGCAAAACCUGUUGUUGCCCCAAAAGGGAAACUCCAUUUAGGAAAACAAGAAGAGAGCAAUAAACCACCUUAUGAAGUGAUAAACGUGUCACCUGGUUAUCGCCUCAUUCGAAAUAGGGAGCAGAUUUCCAUCACCUUGGGAGAUGAAAUGUUUGAUAAGAAAAAGCGGUCGCAAUCAGAGAUCAUGGACAGAGUCCAGAUUUCCAGGACUGAUAUCGUUACUGACCUGCAAGAGCAGAUCUCAGAAUUGACAGUGAUCAUUGAGCAAAUGAACAGAGACCAUCAGUCUGCCCAGAAAUUGCUCUCCGAUGAAAUGGCUGUCCGCUGUGCUGAGAUGCAGCAGAACUUCGAAAACAAAAACAGAGAGCUCAAAGAGGCUCACGCAGCAGAGCUCAGUCAUUUGGAGAACAACUACAAAGCCACACUGAAGGCAGAGAAGCUGGCUGCCCAAGAAAAACUAGAUGAAAUGGGAAAGGAGUAUAAGUAUUUGAAGAAUAUGUUUCAUAUGUAUCAGGACAGCAUUUAUGAUGAAAUGGAAGAUAAGUGGUUGAAGAAGAAAGCCGAAUGGGAGAAGGAUGAGAAGUUGGAGCGGGAAAAGAUCCUGCUACAGCAAAAACAUAAUAUGACAAAAAGGUUUGAGUUAGAGUCAGAAGAAGAAAAGAAGAAAAUAAAUGACUCCUACAGUACCGUCUUUGAGAACUUCAAUCGAGAGAAGGAGGAGCUACUGAAACAACAUGAAAAGGACACCUUGCAAUUAGAGGAGCUGAGAAAGACCAAACAGGUCAUGGAGGAAGAGUUGAAUGCACAAUCUGUUAUCUUAGAAUCACUUAACACAACCCUCUACCAAACCCAGAUGGAACUCCAGAGAGAGAAAGCUACAGUGGGAAAUCUGGAGAAAACACUCCAGACCAAGCUUGCCGAGACUGAAGAAAAGUUUAAAUACACCAUACAGCUUCUGACAGAAGAAAACAUUCAUCUAAGGCAAAAAAUAAUUGGGAAGAAUGAAGAAAUUUAUAAGGAACGAUCUGGGAGGUUUCUCUCUAUGUAUGAGAAUGAUUCUGAUAAUUUAGAAGAUGAUAGCAAUGAAAAACAAGAACUAUGA